ACGUCCCUCAGAGCCAAUGAGGUAGCGGCUAUAAGAGCCUCCGUUGCCUCCUUCCUCAGUCUGGUCUCUGCAGCGGCAUGUCUGGGUGACUCUCCGUUAAAGCUUUUACUCGGUGGAGUUGUUCUCAUGUGAAGCUCCAGAUCACCGUCCAACCGCAGACAUGAGAGCCGGGCUGCCGGUGCAGCCUGCGGGCAGGAGGCGGAGGAGCCGCCGGAGCCUGAGCUGCUUUCUGCCGCGCCGCCCCCGGCACAAGGAGGAGGAGCCGCCGGUGCUCCUGCUGCGGGACAUGGGUCUCUGUUACCGGCUGCUGGAGCGGCUGGUGCCCGCACUGGUGCCCGGCAUUGCAGCCAGCAGGCUGGAGAUCCUGCAGCAUGUCAUCGACUACAUCCUGGAGCUGCAGACCGAGCUGGACGCCUCCUGCCCCGCCGGAGAGCGGGAAGAAUCCCGUGUGACCGGCAGCAGCAGCUCCAACAGCGGACACGGAGCCGCCAGAGCCCCGCUGCCAGCAGUCCACACAUUUCCCCCCAAAACGCUCUGAUGUGGAGGAGAGCUGUGUGAUGCUGUGCUGAUAUGGCUACACGCCCAGCCACCACAGAAGAAGAGACGGAGCUGAGUGGAGGAAGUGCUCAACAGCAGAAGAAGAAAAGCAGAAACCAAAAGCGGUGAUUGUGGAGAUGCAAUUCAUGAAUAAACUAAACUGAAAUCGUUAGCUUAAAUGAAAGAAUGCAAGAAAACCUGUUUAGCUUAAAGUUUGACUUCAAACUAAAACAUUUAAUUAACACCGGCAAAAUGUAUUCAAGUUAUUAACUUAUGUUGAAAAACUUUUUUGGCAAUUUUAGUCAGACAAAAUAAAACGUACAAAACAUGGA